AUGCAAAAUUCUAUGCUAAUGUUCCAGCCAAUCCAUGCAUUUAAUACCCUUGCACAAUUUGUAAAAAUUGUGAUGAUUCUUGCUAUACUUGCAAAGGUCCUUUCAAUAAUGACUGUCUUAGUUGUACAGGAUCAUUGUAUCUCUAAAAUAAUUAAUGUGUAGCUACUUGCACCAUAGGAACUUAUCCAAAUCCACAAACCAAUAAUAAUUUAUGCUCGAAUUGCGAUAGUACUUGCUUCAGCUGCUCUGCAAGCAGUAAUUAAAGUUGUACUAGUUGUAGUCCUCCAAAUUAUUUAAAUCCUGAUAAUAGCUGUUAAUCAACUUGCCCUAAUUAUUACUAUGGUUAAGAUUUCCCAAGUAGAGUUUGCAGUACAUGUUCAGCUAAUUGCCUAAAGUGCAUAGGGCCUAAUCCUAACUAAUGCACUUAUUGUGAUAUAGGAUAUUUUUUAUAUUAAAAUACAUGCAGUAAUUUAUGUCCAACUAAUUAUUUUCAAAAUAUCUCCACUAGAACUUGCGAUAUUUGUGACGCUUCUUGCAAAAAUUGUAAUGGUAAAUACAACUACUAAUGCACUGACUGCCCUCCAGGUAUAUUUCUUGAUAAUGCUUCUUAAGUUGGUAAAUCUUUUUGUGUAGCAAAAUGCCCAAAUAGCUAUUUCGGUGAUACUUCAGUAACUCCAAAUGUAUGCUAAAGCUGUAAUAAAGGUUGUUCUGAUUGUAAUUGCUAUCAAUGUACUGUUCUAAAUAUAUGCACUGCAUGUUAAUAACCUAACUAUUUAGUUGGAACAAAAUGCUCAAGUUGUUAGCCUGGAUUUUAUGGAGACCCAAUAACUUUCGUUUGUAAACCUUGUAAUGUUUCAUGUGCUGCGUGUGUAGGAGGAACACCCUCAGACUGUACUUCUUGUCCUAUUAAUAAUUUUUUAUAUAUACUCAAUGGGUUGUAAGGUAAAUGUUUAAGUGUUUGUCCUUCGACUCCUCCUCUUUUUGGGCAAAAUAGCAUGUGUGUUAGCUAGUGUAGCGCCUCAACUUAUGGAGAUGCUUAAGAUCCCAAGAGGUUAUGUAAAAAUUGUGAUACAAAAUGUGGGUUAUGUUUUGGCCCAAGCUCUGAUUCUUGCACAAAAUGCAAUCUUGGGUUUUAUUUAUAUAAUAGCUCCUGUUUAAGUACAUGUCCAAAUGGGACUUAUAAAAAUACACUUAAUUAAAAAUGUGAUGCCUGUGACGAAUAUUGUGGAACAUGCAAUGGUCCUUCAAAAUCAAAUUGCUUAACUUGUGCUCCUCCUUUAUUUGGAACAGGUUCUUCUUGUUUUCCAAGCUGUCCAAAUGGCCAAUUUGGAGAUCUUAUAACAAGAACAUGUAGCGCCACAUGCAAUGAUGGAUAUUAUUAAGAUACUAUAAAUAGAAUUUGCUAAUAAUGUAAUUAGAAAUGUUAAACUUGCAAAGGUCCACAAUCAUCACACUGUUUAAUUUGCAGAGACCCUUAUUACAUGA